AUGAUUAUAUGUACAGAACAUGUGCUCGUAUGUGCCAUUGUCAUAGAAAGAAAACACCAUGGUGCUUAUUUGAAAGCUUAUUGGCUACAUAAGCUCAAUGAAAAAAGGAACCUUUCUGCUUGUGUAGUUACAAGCAAGUGUAUCAACGUCCGAGACAUUGAUUCGUAUGCAAAAAUCGAGGCGCCAGCUUUCGAUUUGGGAAUAAGUCCAUCAAAGGAAGCGGUCAUUGCUUGUAUUGAUAGUUCGAAAGCAACAGGUGGACAAGAAAAUGUGAGAUCUGAAAUUCCAAAAAGAGAUCCGAAACUAAGUUUUAAACUACGAUCACCGUACRUUACACGUGCGGUAACGUUCGAGGUGAGUAGUGACGAAAGGAAGUUGCAAGAUUGGAUAUUACGAGGCGUAGGCGGGAUUUUUGAGCCGGUUUUCAUGACGACAAAAGGGAAAGCUAUAACACGUCAAACAAUGCAAUCCCUUAUAUCUCAAAGCGUGGUUGGCUCAGAAAUUAUCGAUGUGUGGUCAAUGGUGCUUAACAGAGAGGAGAGGAUGAGGAGCAAUGAGUCUCCUAGGCGCUAUUUUGUACCAACGGACAUUUCGAUGGAUGCUAUUAUUAGGGAUGAAGAUUUGAAUGCUAACCAGAGGUAUGAUAGAUUCCGAAAGAACAUCACAUGUUGCAUGAACAAUGACAUAAAAUUGAUCAGUAUGCGUAACGUUGAUCUGGUAUUCUUCCCGAUAGUAGAACCAUCGUUCUAUUACGUUGUAUUAUUCGAUCUCAAGCACCCAUCAAUAGCCAUAAUAGACAGCCAGACUUGUGAUGGAAAGGUCGAUGAUAUCUAUGGCUCCAACACUGUAGGCUUGCAAGAUAUGAUGAUUAUCCACCUACUAAAAGAGGGACAUGGGGCGUGGAAAGUGUACGCUGAAAUGGAUCAGGACCAUAUAAAGACAAGGUGACAAUUCCGCGAGAAUACAGUUGACGCUGGUGUUAUGUUAGUGCGGCACAUGGAGACAUUCUUUGGAGGAGAUGUAGUGAAAUGGGACUGUGGGUUGUAUAAGGAGAGUACAAAACAGAAGAGACAGUUGAAGGAUCUCAGAACCAAAUACUGUUCGAAGAUGUUACUAAACGAUGAGAACAUCCUUAAGACCUCUAUCGUAUAUGAUGUAGAAAGGUUCAUUGCGAUGGAGACAUCGUACAAUGCUAGGAAAAAUCGUGGUGCACGACAGAUGAGUCGGGGGAGGAAAUAGAUGUUUGCUUAUUGUGUGGUKACACAUUUAUGUUAACUGGUUUUUUGUACCACUUGUUUUUUGGAUA